AUUCCUAUCAUGUACCGGUGAAAACAUGAAGGACACCAGAAAGCUACCGUAUACGCGAAGAGGAGGGAGAGUUUGACAUUUUUGCUGAACCUGGGCUAGGUUCUUCCCUCCAUUGUUGAUUCCUGCAAUCUCCGUUAACCUCUUGUUGGAAGGUGAUCUCCUUUUGAUUCACAAAUAAAAGAGACUGUGACUGCGAUCCCUUACAAUAAAUUCAUAGAAAUUCUCUGUUAUUUAUGACCUGAAAGCCAUCCAGAUGGCUUAUGAACUAAAUGAACAAAAGAAAAUUGGAUUGGGGCUCAUUGGCUUUGGAAUCUUUUUCACAUUUCUUGGUGUACUUCUGUUUUGCGACAGGGGUUUACUUGCCCUAGGAAAUAUAUUUUGGUUGACAGGUGUAGCCAUUUUACUUGGUUGGCAAUCUACUUGGAAGCUUUUUACAAACAGAGCAAACUAUAAGGGCUCUGUUUCUUUUCUUCUCGGGUUAUUCUUCAUAUUUGUUCGUUGGCCGAUAGUUGGUAUAAUCUUGCAAAUAUAUGGCUGUAUUGCUCUCUUCGGUGGCUUUUGGCCAUCUGUCAAGGUAUUCCUCUAUCAGAUUCCUGUUAUUGGAUGGAUUAUACAGUAUCCUGUUCUGAAGUCCCUGUUGAAUGGUCCUCUUUCAUGAAAUUACCAUCUUUUUGACACACUUGUCAAUGGACUUCUUCUCGAUCGACUGAGGGGUGGUUCUGCUUGAAGAAGUUUGAUUUUUGUCCAGUUCUUCCGAUGAAGGCAAAAGUGAUUGAAUUUCCGCGGUUCUCUUUCAAUGUUAUUCUCAAGCGAUUAUUAGGUUUCAGCCACUCAAUCAUUCAUCCUUUUAUGGGGAGAAGCCAUUAGAGAGGUGAUAGUACUAAUUGAAGGGAUAAAAGAUUGAAUUUAGACACAGGAGGUUGUGUACUAAUUAGUAGGAGUAUCACAUACUGCCAAACCGAUUUCACAAAUUAUGGUUUGAACCAAGUCAAACCGAACCAUAUUGUUAUGGUUUUAUACAAGUGGCAAGUUGGUAUUGGUUUCAAUUCCAUCAAUGAUAUUAGAAAAAUAAUUUCCUUUAAAAUGAAAAAAAAAAUCAAUUCAGCAAAA